CCUUGUAUCUCACACUUGUUUUGUCAUUUCUUGAAGUGCUUGAUAAUUAUUGAAGUCUCAUUGUGACUGUGCUCGUGGGGGUUGUUUUUUCUUCUUUUUCCUUCACUGAAACAACUGUUCUUACCUGGACAUUUCCAAGGUUAGGAUAGGAAGUUGCCCUCCUCUUUCUUUCUUCACUUCUCUCACUUGACACUUCUUCCCUUGGUUUUAUAUAUAUAUUCUCCGCUCUCUGAUCACUUCUACUAUUCUACUCAUCACCUCUCUUGCUAAUGAAGGGAAAAAUUCAUCAGUUUCCUGCACAUUUUCCUCAUUUUUGCGCAGAGUGCGUUUUUCCAAUUCCUAACAUUUCUUUUGUAGUCUUUCCUUUUCCUAAAGGUCCUCCUUUCCGAGUAACUGUUUAGCUGCCUCCGAUCUCUGCCUUCUGCACUAAAUCUGGUCUUUGAUUUUACGUUCUUCCCGCAUGCGUUAUCUGUCUUUCCAAAGGGAAGAAGCGGUGUUAGACCGAGUCUAAGGUUCUAACCUUGUAACAGACACCGCCAUCAUCUUUUUCCUCAAAGCUGCAUUCGAUAUGCCUCCUUCGGGUUCUUUUGAUUCUCACUUGAACAGAAAGAUGCCUAUCUCAGCAGAACGUAGUCCAAAAAUGCUGAAAGAUUUCCUCGCAGAAGAAGCUAAUUCUAUAUCUCUAGGCACGUUCGCAUCAUUUCCUCGAUUUCCUCAAGAAUCAUCAAUGCGGGGACUCAUCAAAACCAACCUGAAAUCCACUGCUCCAUCACCAGCCAAGGCGAUAAUGCUAUUGAGGAGCCGAUCGAAGGCUGCUUCAGUGACGAUCUCGGCUCUCAGGGCCAUGGUCAAGGUUCUCAGGGCCAUUCCUAGGACUCUGUCCAAGCAGCAGAGCUUACAAUACGGGAUUGAGAAUCCUAAAAACACCAAAGAAACAGCAGAGGGCACCGAGAGCAAAGUGGCGGUCAGGAUCAAGGACAUAAUACGAUGGAGAUCAUUCAGGGACUUGGCGGAAGAGGACCAUCAGCUGCUAAAAAUGUCUCCUACUUCGCCAGUCGACUGCACCACUGCCACCACCCUCUCGACACUUAGCACUAGCUGCAACUCAAGCUGGUGUGAGAGUGAUUUUUCAUCUGAUUACUCACCACCUUGGAGUAGUAAUAAACAAGCCUUCGACGACAAGGAAGUCAUGCUACGUGAAAAAUUUGCACUGGACUGUAACUUUGACAGUGGUUCUAUGCUUGACUAUGUCAGCUCGCACGAAGAUUCAACUGCGGAGGAUUCGCUUGAGAAGAGGGCAAGAAGCUUCUCAACCAUGGAAAUUGAGUCCAAGCGGCAUACACCGUGGAAGGAAAACAAAGGGCAAAGCCCAGUUUCGGUUAUAGACUUUGAAAUCGGAGAAGAUGGAGAAUGGCGCUGGUCAUUCAAACAAAGCCCUGCCCAUGAGGAGAUCGUCACAGAACAAGGAGAAGAAGAUCAAGAUGGAGAAGAACAAGAACCAUCGGGAGCUGAAGAGAAAGCAAUGGAGCUGCUGAAUCAAGUGAGAGCCUCCACUUCAAAAGAUUGCAUAAGCGCCAAGUGCUGUGAGGAUAGAUUGUUGGUUGACUUCUUUAGGAGUGAGCUGACUGAAGGGGCAAGAUUCCAUGCCAGAAGCAAGGAUGAAGAUUAUGGUGAGUUGGUGAAGAGAGCAAAGUCCUGGGUGAGAGGGGAAUGCGAUAUUGGGUCAGGCUAUGAGUGGGGGAUAGAUGGCAGGAAGGAAGCUUACAUAAUGGACAUGGAGAGGAGAGAAGGGUGGAUCAAGUUUGAAGAGGACCAAGAAGAGACGGUUGUUGAGAUUGAGAGUGGGGUUUGGAGCUUCUUGGUGGAUGAACUCCUGGUCGAGAUCCUCUCGAAUUGACCCCCAACACGAGCUUUUCGAGCAAGAGGGCCUACCUUAGACCGGUUCCGAGGCUCUCUACUCUCUAGUCUCAAAACCGAAAAGAAAUUUUGUAAUUAUAACAAGUGAUUCACCCGUAUAAUUUCAAACAUGUGUGUAACCGUAGUUCUUUCAUGGUUGGUACUUAGCUUAAUGCCAUGUCAUGAAAUUCACAGUGAAAAAGUAGUACCCUAUAAUAGUGCCUAUCAACUCCCAUUUAAUAUA